AUGCGUACUGUCGCGUAUGCAACAGUGUGUGUGUGUGGACAUGUUAUCUUUACAUCGACUCCCCUGCUUCCAGACCCUGCCGCUGUUACUCUUACUGACCUUGUGGUAUCACAGCCUGGGGCCGCUGGAAGAACCAGAUUUCCAUCUCCCGAGAGUCCCCGAGAUGCUCUUGAGCUGCCAGAUGUGGCUUGGUAUUUUCACAACUACAUCACGGAGCUGGCAAAAUGGUACGACCUUGGAGAUGCCUUGCGUCAAUUCGCCACAAAGGUGCCGGAGCUGGCACUUGACGAGCCACUCCUUUUCAGCGCCGUGAUUGCAUUAUCAGCUGAGCACCUGUGCCAGACAACGGGGCCCAAGAUUGCAAGGGAAAUGGCUGGAUUCUACCACAGCCGUUGUGUCGCCUACCUCAUCAAACUGGAUGAAAAGAGCGAGUUGCUGACGAAUGGCGUCGCGCUAGCAGCGGCCUGCUUGUUGCGGUCGUACGAGAUUCUCGAUGAGGACAUUGACCCCAACAGACAUCUCAGAGGCGCAUACUCGCUGGCAUCAUGUGAAGGCUCCAUUGCAGGGAGCCCCCCGGAAAGCCUCCUCGCCGCUGGAUUUUGGAACUACCUUCGGGAAGACAUCACUUUUAGCUUGUUUGAGGGCUGUCCGUUGAAGAUGGACGUGACUGGACCCGCCGCUCCGAGAUUGACGAAUGGCCACGACCAACUCCACUCCAUUUCACUCAUACUUGGCCGGAUCAUCAAUAAGGCCUUUAGCUAUCAAAUCUCAGCAAUUGAGUGGCGGCAAUUCGUUGGCAUGGUACACGCCUGGCUUGAUGAGAUUCCACAGCACGUCAAACCAUUCUCCAGAGGCCGGUUUGUGACUUUGUCAACGGUUGGCGAACUGCCCAGCUUCUGGUUUCUCCAAGACUUUCACGCAUCUGCGAGGCAAUAUGCUCUUGUCUCGCUCUCGAUUCUCGCCGUAUUCGCACCGCCAGACCAGCUUUCAUUACUCCAUUCAGUGGCAAACGAUGUCGGCAUUGUCGGCCAUGAAACAAGCAAGGAAGAGCUGCUAGAUGCUUAUGCUCUCGAGAUUUGUGGGAUCGCCUUCACAACCAACAUACCUUCGGUGAUUGUCAACUCUUUCGGCCCUAUUGCCUACUGCGGCAAGUUCAUACGGUCCGAACAAGCCAGACAAGAAGUCAUCCGCCGCCUAGCAGCGUGUAAACGGCCUGUCGGGUGGCCCGUCGAACGCCUGAUCUCCAGCCUCAAGAACUCAUGGGCAGCAGCAGGACUCCCCGAGCUGGAAUCUCCAACUUUUUCUGGGGAAGCGGGGCCGAGUCCGGGUCUGCUUAGCGACAUGUCCCCCGCUUCGUAUUAA